AUGUCAUCACAUACAUUCGAUGAAGAGAUUGAAGAUGCAAUCAAUGAUGUCUCAUUUGGUGUAGAAUCAGUGUCCGUUCUAAAGGAUCAUCCACAAUCAUCGUUCAGUAGUGGUAUAGUAGUACUAGAUGUAAAGUGUAAAGAGAAGUAUACUAUACUUGUAAAGAUGUCAAUGAAUGAUGGAUACUCUGUUAUUGAACAUAGUGAACCUAAUAGAAUGACAUCAAGGGAUGAAGAUGAGGGUCCAGCGCCACCAUUCUUUGAUGCCUUGCCAAACCUGCUAAUGCGCUACAGUGACAUGUACCAAACAGAGUUCCAGAAUCAAUUGUUCCAGAGACUGACAUCACUGGCAUCC